CAGCUUUCCCCACAUUUGUCAGCCUGCCGCUCAUCCCAUUCCAAUGUCUGAACGACGACCUAGUAUUGCCGGGGAAGAGACUCCUCAACCACCCUUCCCUGUAUAUCUGAAGGGCGCGGUAUCCAAAGGGUUCGGAAGGGGGAGCAGAGAAUUGGGAAUCCCAACUGCAAACCUUCCCGAGGAAGUCGCAGACGAAGCGGGAAAGGUUAUUGACACGGGAAUUUACUACGGAUGGGCAAGUGUCGGCUCAUGCCCAGAAGUCCACCCAAUGGUGAUGAGUUUUGGCUGGAAUCCAUAUUACAAAAACGAAAAGCGAUCUGCGGAGGUACAUAUCAUCCAUGAUUAUCCCCAAGACUUUUAUGGCGAAGAACUACGGAUCAUUGUGACUGGUUACAUUCGUGCCGAGAAAAAUUACGAAUCUCUAGAUGCCUUGAUAGACGACAUCAACACUGACAUCCGUGUUGCGAAAAACUCUCUUUCACGUCCCGCAUACCAAGCGCUGAAAUCCCACUCUUUUGUUGUCUCCCCUAUCCCAUAAGCGCCGACCGACGCACUCUCUGUUUACAUAUGGACACAAGCUCUAGUAUCUACAUAUCAAUGCGAAAGACUGGCAAAUCUACUUAUAAAUAUUACAGAAAUUAGAUGAUAUUUAAAAAGACUUUGACUGCCGC